GCCAACUGGGCUGCCCAUAGAGUGGCGCGUAAAGCCCUGUUGCUGUCUCGGCUAGAGUUAGCUUCUUUUGACUUUGUAGGUUGGUUUGUUAGCGGGGUGGGGAGGGCGUUUGGGUAGUGUUUGUUCUAACUUUCUUUCUGAUAUUACUCGGGCAAAAAAAAAAAAAAAAAAAAAAAGAAACAAGGAGAUUAAAUGUGUAAUUGGGUUGAAGACUGAUAGAGUAUCCUAGUAACUAAGGAGGCAAAACUCUAGCUAAUGGUAUAAAGAAGGAAAGAAGACAAAAGAGCAAAAGGACAAGGCAAGGAGACAAAAGACAAGGCCAGGCACCUACAUCAGCAAGGACAAGGGGCAGGGGGACACCCUUUGUCAAAAAGUACCAUGUACAGUGUCAGAAGGUCUGAGGCACCCGACCACAGCAUUUAUGGCUUGGCAGGCGCCCAGACCACUACCUAACCCUCAAAUGUGUAUAAAUAGGAGUUCUCUCCUCAUAAAUGGCAAUCUAUCUACUCUUACUAUUACUUCUCUCUACUUUCUCUCUCUAUAUACUUCUUCUCUUUUCUCACUUCUACUGAGGUGGGGCGCCUACCCCCUCAAAGUCAUGGCUGACGCUCCAAACCCCUUGGAUCCGAGUGACUCCCAGUCGCCCGGGCUCAAACAAUUGGCGCCCACCGUGGGGCCAAGCAUGACUUUGAAAGACGCUUCCAACUCAAAGAAGGGGGAAGAAAGGAGUCCGGCACCAACGAAGACCCCUAUCAAGCAAGUCGUUGGUCGAGAAGUGAUCAACCCUCAACCACUCACCAUCCAAAGUUUGGAAGCAUCCGACGACGACGAUCCAUCAGGAGAGGGAGAAGACACGGAGCGCCUGGAGGGCCAACUAGCGAAGCUUCGGGAAAAGCAAGCACUUCAAAUGGCCAGCACGCAAGGCCAACUGGAUCAAGUCAUGACCGCGUUGUCAGCACUAACAAAGGCAAACAAUCACGCGCCUCCCAAUCCCCAAGAAGCCACAGAGGAGAGGAGGCGCCUCCGAGGAAAGAUGCAAGAGGUUGAGGUGCUACCCAUGAACUCCCCACGGGAGGGUGUGGGCGCCUCACCCAACGAGGACGCAAUCGAAGCUGACGACGAUGUCUACCUGGAGAAGUACGCCCGACUCAACUACGGCGCCUCGGAAGAAAGAAGCGCCCUGGAAUUUUUGUAGGGGGAGGGCCGCCCUUUAAGUAGGCGUAACCCAAAGACACCCUAAGAGAGGCAAAAGCGUGCUAGGAGGAGUCCUUUUAUUCAGUUUAGGUUGGUAAUGUUAGGAAUUUUCGGGGAAAGGGACGCGCCCUGGCGAUACCCCAUGUAAUUCCCUAUUUUGCUCAAGGAACGGAUAUUCACUACUCGACAAUGCAAAGCUAUCCCUGUUUUAACAGAUGGAGUCACCCCAGACUCGCUUCCUCCGUCGAGGAGAAGCCUAAGCGUGUUACCACCUUCUCAGGGGUACACGUAAGAAAAAUCAAGUUUUACUUAAGAUAGUCAUCUUAACAAAACCUUACCCGCAACCAGCGGAAGAGCCUUAGUGCUUACGCUCAGAUCUUCAUCCGAGCGUCGGGCGCUCGUUUUACGAGUCCCCAUGAGAGGUGGCGCCUUGGCCAUAUCCCUCGCAAAAUCUCUGCCUUGUCAGAAGGGGUCACCCAGACCCGCUUCCUCCGUCGAGGAGAAGUCUAAGCGUGUUACCACCUUCUCAGGGGUACACGUAAGAAAAAUCAAGUUUUGCU